AGAGGGGAAAGCAAACAAUUUUCAGGCCCGCCGCGUCCAGCAAAAAAUAUGAGAAAAAAAUUAUUAAAAAUUCGGAAAAUACUUCAAAGUUAAGAAAAAGACCGUAGAAAGGAUGUUAAGGCUCCCGCGAUUCACAGACAUGGGAAGUGUUACUUUCUGGUCAUCAUCAAGAAUAUUUAGGUGAACCGGUUAACACAACACAGAAGAGUGCAUUGUUCUGCCAUCAGGUGUGCCUUAAACAAAUGGCCCCCAGUGCUUGCUGUGUUGACCACAUGAAACUGGAGAAUUGUUCCAGAGCAGAACGAUUGUUUGUUGGGCAUUGCUUAGCUGUCCAACGUAAAGGCCUGCCUUAGGCUGCGAUGGCCACAGUAAUACCUGGGGAUUUAGCAGAAGUUAAGGAUACCCAGAAGGUCCCGUCAUCCACGGGGAAACGGAAGCGAGGUGAAAGCAAGCCCAGGAAAAACUUUCCGUGCCAGCUGUGUGAUAAGGCCUUUAACAGUGUCGAGAAACUGAAGGUGCAUUCUUAUUCUCACACAGGAGAAAGACCAUACCAGUGCUCACACCAAGACUGCACCAAGGCCUUUGUUUCUAAGUACAAGCUGCUAAGGCAUAUGGCUACUCAUUCUCCUGAGAAAACCCACAAGUGUAAUUAUUGUGAGAAAAUGUUUCACCGCAAGGAUCACCUAAAGAAUCACCUUCAUACGCAUGAUCCAAACAAAGAGGCGUUUAAGUGUGAAGAGUGUGGCAAGAAUUACAAUACAAAGCUUGGCUUCAAGCGUCAUUUGGCCUUACAUGCUGCAAACAACGGUGACCUCACUUGCAAGGUCUGUUUGCAGACGUUUUCGAGCACAGGAGUGUUACUGGAGCAUCUGAAGAGCCACGCUGGGAAAUCUUCAGGUGGGACCAAAGAGAAGAAGCACCAGUGUGAACACUGUGACCGCCGUUUUUAUACCCGCAAGGACGUUCGCAGGCACAUGGUGGUGCACACCAGGAGGAAGGACUUUCUCUGCCAGUACUGUGCCCAGCGGUUCGGCCGGAAGGACCACCUAACCCGCCACAUGAAGAAAAGCCACACGCAGGAACUACUAAAGGUAAAAACGGAGCCGAUGGACCUUUUAGACCCCUUCACUUGUAACAUCACUGUGCCGAUCAAAGACGAGCUCCACUCAAUGAUGUCGAUAUCUUCCAGUGAACUUGCCUCCAAGCCAUUUGCCAACACGUUGCAGUUGAAUAUCUACAACACUCAGAUCCAGUCCAUGCAGAACAGCGGCCCGCCGCACCAAAUGGUCUCGACGAGCCUGCCCUUGGGAAUGACGUGCCCCCUUGACAUGGACUCUGCUGUCCAUCCUUCCCACCAGUUCUCUUUAAAAUACCAGCUUGGUUCUACCUCAUAUGCCAUUUCUAUGCCAGAAAAAGAACAGCCAUUAAAGGGAGAAAUAGAAAGUUAUCUGAUGGAAUUACAAACCAAUAUGCCCUCUUCAUCGCAGGAUACUCAAGGCUCUGGUCCUAAAUUAGACUUAGAGUCCCAGGUUGGGGCGCUGGAUGAAACAUCUGAUGUUUCUCUGACAAAAAUCUCUGGCUCCGCCUCUGCAAGUGAACCUCUUAACUCCUCUUCCUUAGACUUCUCUCAACUCUUUAACUUCCUGCCUUUAAAUGGCCCUCCAUAUAACCAGUCUAUUUCUGUGGGAGGCCUAGGGAUCAAUUACACUCAAGAGGAAGCUCUUUCUUUGUCCCAGCUGCCUUCACAGUCCCAGGAGUCUCAGGACCCUGGGAGUGGUGUGGGCAUCGGCCCACUUCAUGGGCUGUCUUCAUCCAACUUUACAUCCAACUUAAGCACAGCUACCACCCUGCCUCGAUUUCACCAAGCCUUUCAGUAACCCCUUGAGGCCCUUUGCCAGACAAAAAGCUAUUUUAUCAGCCAAACGCAUUUAAUAAAUGUUAUAUAUAUUUUUAAGCCAGUAAGAAAUUUUAAAAUGUUCGUUUAAAAUAUUUUUUCUUAAUCUUUUUUUUUUUAAAUGGAAAUGCGCUUUGGCUGAAAGGUACAAUGCAUAGAUUGUUUUACAUUAUCCUAAGAAAGUCUGCCUUUAAACUGGCAGGUCAAUACCCUUUUGAAAGGCUUUAAUGACGAAAAGCCACCACUACCUGUUACUUAAGAGGGAGAUGCCUUUUCAAGGUAGAUCUCGGCCGGUAAAAUACAUGGAUUUGUAAUUAACUUUGGAUUUGGAGAGGUUUCCGAUAAAAAUGAAUGCCCCCACAAAUACGAUUGCCGUGAAAAGAUUGCUACAGGUAUCAGCCUCCCUGCUUUUCAGUAGCUUUGCGCUAGAGAAAGUUAAUUUUAUUUAGUUCUCGCUAUUUUCUGAUAUAGCACUUUGAACUUUGUGUGGCCUAAAUGCACUUCACUUUUUGCAGUUUUAGAGCUUAUUAUAUCUUCUGAAUGUUAGAGGUUAGUUGUAUGAAAGUGUAACUUUUAAGCCCUGUGUGACAUUUUAAAAUCUAUUUGGUAAGCCUCUUCAAAACCAAAGCAAAAAUGUAUAUGUAUUAUAACCAAGUAGAAUGUUCUGCUUUGUUUUUGAUUCAUUGUUAUAUAUGAUGCUGCUCAAUUUCCUCAGACACUUACAUUUUGAAAUAUGAUAGCUUAGUAGAAACAAUAUGAUUGCUGUGCUUUUACAUUUCAAUAUAGAGCUAUACAGAGACUAGACAUUAAGUAGACGUAUAAGCUUAGAAGGAGAUCCUGCUUGUUCUGGAGCAUACUCAUACUGUUAAAAUGAGUACGAGAAGUUUAUCCUUUAUGGUGUCAUUCAUCAAACUAUGCAAGGCGGCAAAGUGCUUGCCUUCUGUGUGGACAAGAUCAGCAAAUCUGACGUCCUUUUGCAGCCUUUACCUGACGGAUAAAUUACAAGAGGUAGUCAGAGUCAAUGAAAGCUUCCAUCUUUUUAGGCUGUUUUCUGUGGGGUCACUGCCCAGGCUGUGGCAGAGUGGCGAUGUCCCAGCACUGUUUGGUGAAGGUUCAUUUUGAGCCAUUUGGUGGAGAUGGUUGCCAGUCUGUGAAGAAGCUGUGUAAACUUCAGCGUUUAUCCCUAGUGGGAUGGAUUUUCCGGGGCUUAUCUAAAAAGAGAGCAGUGUUUUUGUGGAAGGCGGUUCCCCUAAUAGCUCACACCUUUUGUGGAGCCAGUCCCUGAAGACAGACCCUAUUGGGGAUAAUUGUGGCUUUCAUUAACUGCUUCCCAGAAAAUACCCCAGUACGCAUUCUUUCCGACAGUGCCUUGUACCAAUUCUGGGCCGGAAACAGACCGCAUAGCAUUGCUUAUCUAGUCUGAGCAACGUUGAAGCAUGUUGCUACCUUGUGUAAGGUAGGUGGCAGAGGGCAGUGCCACACCGUUAACCUCUACUCGCGCUUUGCCAGUGUGUAGUUCCAGGAUAAACAAGUGUUCAUUCCUCAAGAGAUCACUUAAUAACGUCUCUCCUCUCAUGCAGAGAGAGGUUUAUUUUUUUAUUAAGUUGGAAAAGUUAUAAAAUGUAUACAGAAAUGCUGAUCCCACUAUUAACAUUUGGGAGAAUGUGCAGAAGGUUGCAAAACUGUGGUUUGGCCUACCUGCAGUCACUUAGUUUGUGCAUGUAUGUGUCUGUGUGGGGUGUUUGUGCUUAACCAUACACAUAAACAGUGGGGGGAAAAAAGAGUCCCUUUUUUAAUUGUUCAACCUGUAUUCAGCUAGAUAUUAAUAUGUGGGUAGUGUCAUCACUACAUUCGGACAUAGGCAGCACUGCGUACACAGUCAUUUGACUGCCUGCUGAAUGUUGUUCCAUACCCAGGUAGGGUCCACAAGCACUAGUGAGGCGUCAUAGGAGAAUUGCACGUGUGUUCCAAAACACAAGCUGAUCAACUUGUGAAGGCAGAGCGCAGGAAACUAUGAAUUCAAAACACACAUGCCCAUCACUAAAACGGGCAAUUGUAAGCACUAUUUUUAUAAAAUAGUGUAAAUAGUUUAUUUAUAAUGUUUGCUUUUGAAGUUUAGCACUUUUUUCCACAGAUGGUUGACAUAAGUCUGAAAAGACCCGUAGGAAGUGAAUUUGGUAUUUUCCGAAUUUGUUUCUCUGACUUACUGUGUCACUCUUAUUAUUCAAUUAAAUAAGCAAUAUAAUGACUAUUUUUAAAUCAGAAUAUAUAUUUAAAAUGGCAUCAGUUGACACUGACAUUUUAGUUUCCCUGAUGUUCGUCUGUAAAUGUAACAAAGUAAUAACUAGCGCAAGACAAUUUAUGGGCCAACAUGAAAUUAUGCAUUAAAAAUGCAGCUAACAGAAUUAAUGAAGGAUGUUACCUCAUCAAGCGUUCAGCUUCUUAUUAUGUUUUUAAACAGAAAAUGAUAACAAUUUUGAUGUUACCAGUUGCAUCUGCAGGUUCUCUCCCAGGCUUUGCUCUGAGUUUGUUGUACACCCCUGGCCACUCCUCAGAAAAGGGCCUUUGGGCUGAAUGCUUGCCUUUUAAGAGGAUUCCUCUGAAUAAAGCUCUUUCACUGUAUGUAUAUCGGAGAUCCCAAUGACACCCAAACAGUUUUUUAAAUUCACUUACAUUUCAUUUGUAUCAAUACAUGUGCAAAAAGUGAUUCACCGUAUCUCACAAAAAAGCAAAAGGGGGGAAGAAGCAAAAUGAUGCCACACAUAAAUUAGACCACUGCUUGCACCGAGAUACCACAUAAUAGUUUGUCUAGAUCUAUUGGAACAGUGAAAUAAAAUAACUGUCAGUUGAUGACACUGCCUAAAUACUAAUAUUCUGCACGUCUAUGGGUGGUUAUUUACAGGUCCCAAAGGAGCCAGCUUUGUACAGAUGAGUUAAAAUUGCUUUUGGAAAAUGGGUUCCAUACCAUCGUAUCUACAGCCAAGCAGUAAUUAAAAGAUUAAAAUAUUGUUAAAAGGUUUUGAUGGCAGAAAUUCAGGAACCAUGUUUGCUCUGAAUCUGAAUUUAUUUUUUAAGAAUCUCUGAAUUAGAAUAGGAGAGACACUGUAAGAGGACCAUUGCUCACUAAUGGGUCUUUAUAGGGAUUGUACUAAUGCAAGUUUCAAUUAUUAGGUUUUAGAUUGAAAGUUAUUAAUUCUUCACUAUAUUAGUACAGUUCUGCUGUAUUUGAGUAAAUUGAAUUAAUCACUUUCCUCAGUAACAGUGAUGCCUAUUUAGGGAAAUAAAAACAUCCUGCCAAUAAAGUCCCGUAUAUCCAUCCAUGACCAGAAGUUCAGUUAUUCCCCAGAAGUCAUGGAAACUCAUGUCUAUCUUGGAAGCACAGGGCACAAGGGAUCCAGUCCAUCGCAGGGUCCACACAAAUGGCAAAAAUAAGAUAACGUCUACAAAUCUAUUGAGUAUUCUGUUUGGGGACUAGUAGAAUCUUAUUUUUUCAGGCCUCACAGAAAAUCUCUCUAACCAAUAAAUGGCUUAGUAACUUGGCUGUUUUGUGCUUGUAAGAGACAUGAUGUUUGACUUCCCUGGUCUUUCUUGUGUGAGACACAGUAAGUGAAGAAUGUACAGCAGGUUCUGCCAUCAGACUCCUAAAAUUGGAAUUGGGCAACAAUUUCUGUUUAAUUCAGUUGGCUCCUGCUGGAUCGUGCCAAUUUACAUGCCAGAAAUAUCUGGUACUUCAGGCUGCUAUAGUGUUGAUCAUGCUUUGUUUUUUUUAUUUGCUCACUCUAAAGUUUGUCUGUGUGUGUCUAGAUGUUUGUGAUUGUUACCUAGCCAGAUAAUGGCACCUGGGAGACCCAGUGUUUCUGCUUGCAAAAUAUAUAUUUUUUUCUUUUUAAAUGUAUAUAACAUAAUUUCUUUGCAAGAAACAUUGCAUUGGUAGGUAAAUAUAUAAUCAGUCAAUUUUUUGCAGUGAUUAAAUAUGAAAAUUGUAAUAUGAAUACAAUAAUUUGACCAUUAUGUAAAAGUUCAUAGAACAUGAGAUACCCUAAUCUGGAUUUGGUACUUUUUAAGCUGUUAUAGUGUAGUAUUUAUCCUGUAAUGAUCAAUAUUCUGUAUUAUCAAUGCCAUUUGUCAGUGUCUUAGCUUAAUAUAAAGGGAGGAGGGUUUGCAGGUGAUCUGCAAAGAAGGACCUCAUACACAACUCUGAACCUCAUUCACUUUUAGUGCAGUGGCACAGAUCUCACUGUCUGUGCUCUUAGCUUUGCAUAAAUUUCAGGAAAUUGGCAAAAGUAACUUUCUUCUUCCUUUAGGUUUUUCCAUGUACAGUACUUUGUUUCUGUUGAACAGAUAACAGUAACUUACCACAUUCAUGUGUAUGUGUAUACAGGUUUAGUAACAUGUACACGCACGUCUGUAGUAUGCAGGGUAAUUCUUAAUUAAAAGAGCACUUGUUGGGAUCCCGUUCCUGUAGAGGGAACAAUGUAGAAAACAUUGAUGCUUUUUUUUAUUUUGGAUGUUUUCAUGGACAAACAUCUUUCAACAUUAAGGAUAAUAUGGCAAGAAAGGGGAGUGUCACUGUAAGGAUACUUCUCAGUCAUUCUUGAAUGACCCUUAUGUGUGUAGAUUUCUAAACGUUUCAUCAUCCAGGCAGUAUUGUUAAUCUAGCACAGCUAAAGGAUAACAUUACACCAUCUAUAGCAGGCAGUCAGACUCUCUGCAAGUACAGCUCAACAUCCCUAGACUAGUUUCCUCUGAAUCUAUUACACUUAUUCCUUCCUGUUCAGAACUCAUGUCCUGAUUAAAUGUUUCUAUGUUGUCCCUGUAUAAGGUUUUUUAUAUGUGUAUAUAAUGAGCCACAUCUCUAUUUUUAGAAAGGUUUUGAUGAAUGUUUUUUAUUGUAUGUUUUUAAAGUGGGUUUUAAAUGUGCUAUAAGUGUAUCUUGUUGAGAGUAUGUGGUUUUACAAAAAUGCUUGGUAAUCCUCUAUAUAAGGCAUAUUUAAAUUAUAGCACUUUCUGAAAUCAGAUGCCUCAUAGGCUUUUAAGAAAAAAUAAGAUCCUUUAUUCUAAAUGUUAUGUGCCAUUAGAUUUGGUAUAUUUAGCUCUUUAGAAAGUUAACAUUUGUAUAUAAAAUGCUAAAACUUUUUUUACAGGUACAGGUUUUACAGUGUUUUUACUAUCAAAGUGUCAUUUUGCUUAACUUGCACAAAACUUCUGUCUCUCUCACUUGAGGCUUUAAAAGUGUAUGCUCAAGGUAACCUUUCUCUCCCCAUUUAACCAAUUGAAAAGUGAAACAAUUUAAGUAUAAAAUUGUUUAAUUUUCUCUGUGCAUGAGAAAAGUACAUGAAAGUGUUUUAUAGCAAAAUAGAGAACACAACAUUUUUAAUGAAUAAAAAUGGCAGGUUAAAAUAUUCUGAUUUUACAUUUAUGAAUAUUCAAUCCACAGAUUCUUCACUUGAAAGUAUCAAAUAUUUGUCAUUUUAAUUAUUUUACAAAUUUCAGUUUUCCUUGCUCCUCUGAAGGGUGCAGUUGGGGAUAAUCGACUUUGGCACAUGGAUUCCCUGUCAUUACUAUAUUUUACUGCAGCUAACUAAUCAAUCGGUGAUAUGCAGCCCCUGGGUGAAUUAAGCAAUUGAAGAUCUGUUCAGUUCUUAGGUUAUUGAACAGUUUAAAGUCCUUUAAUGGCAUGAAAUCAGAAGUCAAGUCUACCUCCAUCUGUGGGUGAACUUCUGAUUAUCUCAUCAUGAAGUGAACUUGGAGAAGCAACAUUUGAAUUCCAGAAUACUAGGACAUAAUUAUAGUGCUUAUUGUGUGUCUAGUGUAAUGACACCUUCAGAUUAUUUUCUCUUAUUAAAUUAUUCUCUUUCAUUUUACCUUCCUCUCUUCUGUCAGCCUGUCUCUAGAGAAAACUGCCUGAAACUGUUUAUUCUUGCUUUGUGUGUUAGUCGUCUGAACUGUUGCCUCAAAGUUCAGGCAGACUCUGUGGGCUGUCAAGAGUCCUCACACCUUUUUAGUAAGAUUGUUUUUACUUUUCACUUUCAAAUACAUUUUUUAAUGUAGAUGGUAGUGGACAACCCUUAAAAAUUAACAUUGCUUAUCAAAGUCCAUGCUGUCUGGAGCAGUAUUAAGCAAACAGUUAUAGAAUUUGGUUUAAGAAAUGCAAGUUUGUUUGGUCUAUAGGUGCUUUUAAUAAUGCCAUGAAAGAUCUGAAUAAGUUGUCUAAUUAGAAGUUUGACAUUUGGGACUAUUUUGUCACAUUUCAUGUGCUUGUUCUCAUGUGAGGCUGAAGUUUUGUCAUGAGUUAGAAUUAGACUCAUCAAAACAGUACUUGUGUAAAUUGAAAAAGCAGUGAUAAAGAUUGGUCAUAUAAUACAAAGUGUGAGAUGUCAAAUGAAGUGCUACACUUUGAUAUUUAUUAAAAUUAUGAUCAAUGCCUGACUUAUGAAAAAUUCCAGAACUGCUAAGAAAAUUCAGAGGUGAAAAAGGUUUAUUUUUUGGAAGAUUGUGAGUUUCACGAAAGAAAAUGAACUCUCUUAUUUCAUUGUGGAGUUCAACCUAUCUGAACACUCCUACUAGAUUAUACUUAGAAAAAAAUUGGGAAAUGUAUGUGUUCUGCAGUAUAUAGUUAUAUAAUUAUUUACGGUUUUAAUCGCAGAGCGUUGUGUAUCAUGCUUUUUGCAAGAAUAUAGCUUUUUAAAAUAUUGUGAGCCUCAUGUGAGUUACACAGACCUUUAGCAAUUCAUUAAAACUUUCAGUAUAAGCUUCAGUGGUACACGUGAACCAUAUUGAAUGUGUAUCUUAGAAACACUCCUGCAAUAUAUUGGUAUUGGAUCAAGCUGCUAAUGUAUACUUCAGAAUGCUCCUUGUGGUGCUACAGACCUCUUUUUCUUGUUCAGAACUUUAUUUUUACAAAAUAUCAAAUUAAGCUGAUUGGACAGAGAUUGUGCUUAGUUGUAUCAUAUAUUUUUGUACUGUGACUUCUUGUAGUCUACUAUGGACUUAUCUGUAAUAUCACAAUAUAUCCUUGUACACUUGAGAGGACAUCUGUGCAUACUGCCCAAGAAGGCUGGGUGUCUGCAAAUGGAUUCCCUGUUGAAGCCGUUGUCAGGAGGGAAUGAGAUGGGGAUUAUUGUGCUAAAGAACUCCUUGAAGAAAAUUGAAUGAAAGCUUCAAGAAGACCUGAUACAUGAACAUUUCAUGGAGUUCGAGAAAACAAUUGUGAGAUGCAGAGCAAUUGAUUUAAGAGGGAAACUGCAUUCCAGCUGCGUUUUUACUCAUCACAUUUCAGUAAUGCCAUCCUGUGAUAAUGGACUUGUUGCUACUCAUGUAUAUUUUACUUAAAUGUAUUUUACAAACUACUGUUGUAUUUGUACAAAUAUAGACAAAAGAAUUCAUAUAUAUUUGUGUAUAAGCUGUGUAAAAUAGAAAUUACAUUAUAACCCUGCAGCUUUUCAUCAACUUCCUAACAUUUACAUCAUCCAAAGAGACAGAUUAUUUAUUGUCUGGCGAAUAACAUGUUUUGUUUUUGGUUUUUAUAUAGUAUUUUGCUGCUAUUAAACAAUAGAGCUGCAGAUUUUUACAGCCUACAGUGUUCUCACUGUAUAUACAGUAUAUGAAAUGUUUAAAUAAAUAUACCAGAAGGAUUUAGUUAA